UUCAUAAAUAAACCUUCCCCUUCCAUAUAAUAUUUUCUAGAAAAUCAUCCCAUACCUUCUUUCGCAUUCAACCUCAUACUGCUGAAAUUCAUCAAAGAUUUUCUUUGCUAAUUUCUCCUAAAGAAUGGGGCUCAGGGACAUUGGAGCUACACUUCCUCCUGGAUUUAGGUUUCACCCAAGUGAUGAGGAAUUGGUGUGCCAUUAUCUCUACAAAAAGAUUGCCAAUGAGGAGGUCUUGAAGGGUACUUUGGUGGAAAUUGAUCUGCAUACAUGUGAGCCAUGGCAGCUUCCUGAGGUGGCAAAGCUGAACGCAAACGAGUGGUACUUCUUCAGCUUCCGUGACUGGAAAUAUGCGACGGGGUUUCGGACUAAUCGAGCGACGACAUCCGGGUACUGGAAGGUGACAGGGAAAGAUCGAACGGUGAUCGACCCGAUAACACAAGAAGUAGUGGGGAUGAGAAAAACACUGGUGUUUUAUAUGAACCGAGCUCCAAAUGGAAUCAAAACAGGUUGGAUCAUGCAUGAAUUUCGUCUGGAGACCCCACAUAUGCCCCCUAAGGAAGACUGGGUAUUGUGUAGAGUCUUUCAUAAGAGCAAAGAAAGGAGUCCCCACAUGAUGUACGACGCCUCAACUCAAACAAGCAUGGCUUGCGGCGGGCAUCAACAAAUCAGCUGCUCUUUAUCCACCACACCCGCACAUCAUCAUCAACACCAUGGCCAAAGCUUGCUAACCCUGCUCCAUUCCUCUCAGCUAAAGAACAACAAUGACAGCUUCAGCAAUCAUGAAGUUAGCUCAGGAGUCGUCGACGAAGAUUACGAGUUCUUGUGGGACAUGAACAUAGAAGAUAACUGCUUGGAGGAUCGCCUUCAUGUUCAUGGCCAUGAGGUGGCAGAUUCCAACUUGGAGGAUGUAAGAUUUGAGAAUGACAAUAGCAUGGUUUUCCUAUGAAAAUAUAUACAUGAUAUUUCAUAUGAUUUAGGGUAAAAAA